CCAGACGAAGGGGGCGUGGCCGGAUUGUUGAACUCGGCGCCACUUGUUGAAAAUUAAAAAACCUCGCAUGGCCGCGCUCAGACUGAAAAUAUUCACGUGUUUGCGACUCAUUUAAGAGGUCAAAGGUUCGACUGCUUAUCAGAACACGGAUGAUUUUCGCCCAUCUCCCAUCACGAGACUGAAAUUUUAAUCACUUGGGCGUUUUAUACUUGAUCGAUGGCCUUGCGUAACUCCCCAGACGCAUCUUAAUUGUGAUCGAGUCUGAAUUUUAAUAGUUUGUUGGCUACAUCCGACUGAACAGCUCCUAAAAUGACCAAGUUUAAAAUCAACUCGCUUCUCCUGCCUAUGAAAGGGCACUACUUCCUUUAUAAUGGAGGUACGGCGCCUGUUGUUCCAUUUAUGCCGGUUUUUGCCAAGCAACUGGGAUUUUCCUCUGUUGUUGUCGGAACUCUUUACACGGUCCUGCCCAUAGCGGGGAUGGUGGCCAAGCCCUUGUUUGGUGGACUGGCUGACCGGCUCAAGUGGCACAAGAAACUGUUCAUGUUUUUCCUUGCUUUGACUGGAAUACUCUUCUUCCUCAUCAACUUCACGCCCAACGCCAACGAAGGCAAGGUUGGCCCAGGGGUUGACCUCGACUGCGGUGCAGUCACGUUGUUCAAAACGUGCAAUGUGACGGACAAUUGCGCCCUCACCAGACUCUUGGUCUAUGCAGGCAACGGGACUGUUGACUGUCACAUCGAUUGCCCAGAGGUUGUGGGCAGUGAGUGGAACGAAGAGCUGUGCAAGCAGUGGGGUCUAAGCCAAUACUGCAAAAGCAACGCUGACCACCCAAUGGUGUUCGAUGCCAAAGUUCCUUUGGCCCACACGGAGCAGAUCGAGAACUGCAUCUACUUCCGAGUACAGACGGCAAUUUUUGAGGAGAAAAGUGUUAUCCCCUAUUGCAAUGCUCAGAUUUCGACCAGUAAUUGUCAUGUCACAUGCAAAGAACCUGUGGUCAACGAGGUUCUCCAUGUGAGAACUGAAGAGGCCUCGGCCAAGAGCUGGAGUUUUAUCUACUUUGCCUUUCUAAUGUUGACAUCGUGGAUCUCAAUGGCUGUGGUCGUCAGCAUUGGCGAUGCCAUUUGUUUUGAACUUCUAGGAAGCAAGCCAGCUAAUUAUGGAAAGCAAAGAGUUUGGGGCUCUGUCGGCUGGGGCAUUUUUUCCGUUUUGGCCGGCUUCCUUGUUGACGAGUUCAGUCAAGGCAGGACGGAGAAAGACUACUCCGUCGUUUUUUAUAUGUGCUUAAUCAUUUUGAGCGUGGACUUCUUAUUCUGCACGAGACUGAAAGUAUCUCAUACUCAAAUGUCGGCCAGUAUUGUGCACGACAUUGGCCGCCUACUCUCUCAGCUUCGAAUCAACAUUUUUCUGCUGUGGUGCAUCACUGUUGGUUUGAGCACUGGUCUGCUGUGGGGAUUCCUCUUUUGGCAUUUGGAGGAAUUGGCUGCAGCCCAAGGUUGCUCUUCUCUUGAGUGGAUUAAAACUCUUGAAGGACUGGUAAUGGGCGUCCAGUGUUUUGGCGGAGAACUGCCCUUUUUCUUCAUUUCUAGCUGGGUGCUGAAGAAAAUCGGUCACAUACAUGCCAUGUCGAUGGUGCUGUUUGGUUUCGGACUGAGGUUUUUCCUAUAUUUCUGGCUUGUGGACCCCUGGUGGGUUUUGCCCAUUGAGCUUCUCAACGGAGUUACUUUUGGUAUUUUUUACGCAACCAUGGCUUCGUAUGCCAGCAAAAUCGCUCCUCCAGGAACAGAGGCUACAGUUCAAGGACUUGUCGGUGCUGUUUUUGAAGGAAUCGGUGUCUCACUGGGCAGUUUAAUUGGAGGACUGAUGUUCCAAAAGAUUGGAGGCGCCAACACCUUCCUGGCUUUUUCAAUAAUGAGUUGGGUCCUUUUCUGUCUCCACGUUGUCGUGCAAUUUUUCAUGCAACGAGCGACUCCGAAUGAGUGGCAGCAACAGCAGGAGGAAGUCAAAGAGCUUCCCGAAGGUGAAAAUUAAUACUGCGGUUCAAUUUUUUGAAUUUGCAAUGACGGCUAUGUACGCAUCACCGCAAGACGCCAUUCAAAUGUUGGACGAGCAACCAGACGAUCUAUCCAGAAGAUGAAAGUAGUAAAAAUUCUAGACCAUAGUUAAAGACUAUCUAGCUCCCAUUCCUAGAAAGCAGCCAACGACUGCCUUGAAUUCUGUUGAAUGCUUUUUUCAGUUUAGAUUGCUCAAUAUAUUAUACUUGUGUAAUGCGAAUCAAUUGCACCAAUCGAGACAGCGAAACUGUCGAAAAAUAUCUACAAUAAUGCAAAAGAGCAGGGUAUAUAUUUUUGUAGUAUGAAAAAGUAGGCAUUUCUUGUGUGCAUUUUUGUGAUCUCCACAGCUCUAAGCUGCAGGGGAGAAAUUUGAACCACUUCUUUAUUUGGGACUUAAAACUCCCUCUGGAAUGGAUACAUUUUCUCUUAUUAGGUUUCCUAUCACUUUCUUUGUUCUUGCCUCGUCACUAGAAAUAAUGAAAUUUUUAAACUUCUCCCACCUUAAAUUGUUUGUCAUAAUAAAUUUUGAUUUGAUGUAUGUA